AUGGAUCGGCAGCUGAAGCCCCUGAGCAAACCCAGCGGAAUUCCUCGCCCGGCGUCAAAAUUACCAUUGCCCACCUCUACCGCGUCUAGAUCCGUCCGCACCUCUCCAUCUCGCGAGAAACUACAAACCGAUCCAGGUCUGUAUUCUGGCAGGCUACGACGCCCUUCGGAGGAGCCUGUGUUCAAGAAGCCACAUCCCAAAUACAUGCGUCCUGAAAAACUCUCGAACGGCCCACAGCAGAGGGGGAGGAUCCCGCAGGUUGGAACAAUUCAUAGCGAACAGAUCAACCCCGAAAGCGCGACCGUCAAAGCCGACAGUGAUGAAUGCGCAAUUCCGAUACACGAUGCAGACAAUCGAGGCCGAGCGCGCCCCUCCCUCUCAGAGCGGACCAUCGAAACGCUGUCGCAAAUCCCACCCUCGCCUACACCUUUAAGAAGACAAUCUAGUUUUUUUAACGCGACCAGCCCCAUGCGCUCUCCCUCACGUCCGCCGUCGUCAAUGACCAACUACUCUAGAUCGCCGUCUAGGUCUUCAUCGUCCCGCCAACCCAGCGGAAAUGACUAUCUUUCUCGUCCCGCAUCAGCUAUGCGGCUUCCAUCCAGAUCGCGCCCGUCCAUGUCUACGAACGGUGCAUCCGCUGAGACCGUUACGCCGAUGGUUGUAGAUAGCCCGUCCAGAUUGAAGCAGCCUUCCAUCAGGACCGAUACCCACAGUGAAACGACGCCUACCAAGCCAAAACCCCGCGCGCUUUCUAGCCAACCCUCUGCCACCCGUGUCAGCUCGGACACUGGACCUUCACUUCAAGUUACGAAAACGCGGAAAACGCCGGUGAACCCUCCCAUAGGCCCCAAGCAGAUUUCAAAACCCUCAAGACCAAUAUCGACAAAGCAAACUACCUCCGAGUUGACGCCGAGUCAGCAAUCUGAGCUAGAGACCAGGAAAGUCUCGAACUCGUCGAGCGCCCUACGAGAGAGUAUUGCAAAGGCCAAAGCGGCACGAAAAGCUGCCGCACAGGCCGCCCAUUCUUCGCCUGCCAGCACAUAUGACAAUUUUGACGUCGAGGAUCCGUUUAACCAGCGACCAAAGGACCCUCAGAAUCGGGUUAUUCAUAAACGCAUCGAGGCAGGGCGAACAUCUGGCCACCUGAACAUUGCCGCCAUGUCCUUGAAAGAAUUGCCAAAGGAGGUCAUGACGAUGUAUGAUUUUGACCCCGAGUCCUCCACGGAGUGGUAUGAAAGUGUGGAUCUUGUGAAAUUCAUUGCGGCGGAUAACGAAUUCACCGAGCUCCCAGAUGCUGCUUUCCCCGACAAGGACGUGCAAGAUUUGGACCCCGAUACGGACGAAAACGGAAACCAAUUCGGAGGGCUUGAGCUUCUAGAUCUACACGGAAAUUUGCUACGCUCUCUACCAAUGGGAUUAAGACGACUACAGCGAUUGCACACACUCAAUCUCUCUGAUAACAGCUUGACAAUGCGUGAAUUGGAUGUAAUUAUGGAGAUGGAGUCUCUCCGGGACCUCAGAUUAGCCAAAAACCAAUUAGAGGGGAAAUUGACAUCGGACAUCGGACGUCUCAAAAAUUUGGAAACCCUCGAUCUCCACAACAAUUCCAUCACAGAUCUCCCAAUCGAUUUUGAGUCGCUUAAAUGCCUUCGGGUCUUGAAUCUCGGUGGCAACCAGCUAACAUAUCUGCCUUUCGAAGCUUUGAGCCAGCUUCCGCUGAAGGAUCUCAAUGCUCAGAGGAAUAAGCUGAGUGGAUCUCUGAUACCUGCCAGCGUAACAAAACUAGAGACUCUUCAGAGUCUCGACGUUUCCAGCAACGCAUUGGUGCAAAUUUCAGCAGAUGGAGAUGUCGAGCUACCUCGCCUGCAAACUUUAGCCAUCAGCAUGAAUCGUAUCCAGAAGUUGCCCAGCCUCUCUGGGUGGCGGGAACUCCUGACUCUAUCCGCAGAGGACAACAAGAUAUGCGAGAUACCGCCUGGCUUUGUUGAGCUGAAAAGUAUCAAACAUGUCGACUUCACCAGCAAUGAUAUCUCAAAACUGGAUGAACGAAUCGGGUUGGUUGAAAGUCUGUCAACAUUCCGGAUCGCCAUUAACCCCCUGAGGGAGCGAAAGUUCCUCAGCAUGAACACGGACGACCUCAAAAGGGACCUACGUAAUCGAUGCGAACCAGAAGUCCAAGAUACUGAUGAUGACGAGGGAUCUGUGGCAACUCAAUUUACGCUUGCGCCAGAAACACCCGCGCAGACAUCAGCUUGGCAGAUCAAACCGGGGGGAAUCCUCGAUAGAUCAUACACCGACAUGCAAGAAUUACAGGUUGACAGGCUCGAAGAAAUAAACUCCCAAGAAAUCAGAUGCCUAUGUUUGCAGCACAACGAAUUACGUUCUUUCCCCGCUCCAGCUCUGAGCAUGCUUGCAGCCAACCUCAUUGACCUUGACCUGUCCAACAAUCCAAUGGAUGGCAAUUCCUUGCUGAACUCCUCCCUCGAACUCCCUAGUCUCCAGAAUCUCAACUUAAGCGCCACCGCUUUGACCACGCUGACUCCAGUCUUCACUUAUCUGAAAGCUCCGUCACUUACAUUUCUUGACGUUUCCUAUAAUCGUCUCUCUGGGUCGCUUCCUCCAGUGCGACUGAGCUAUCCAAAUUUGAUGACGUUGCUCGCUGCCGAUAACCGUCUUGAUAGUCUCGAUUUUGACGCUGUACAAGGUCUCCAGGUUUUAGAUGUAGGGAACAAUAAUAUAGGGUCCCUUCCGCCGAAACUUGGUCUGUUGAGAGCCGAAGGAUCCAGCAAGAACUGGGGUGGCGGGUCGGCUCUGAGGAGGUUUGAAAUUGCAGGUAAUAGCUUUCGAGUACCUCGAUGGCAAAUCGUUGCCAAAGGGACCGAUACGAUCCUUGAAUGGUUGAAGGACCGCAUAUCUGCCGAGGAGCUUUGCGCGUGGGAAUCGGAUGACGACAUAACAUCAUGA